AUGGGACCAUCAUUUCGUGGUUUUCUGGUUCUCCUCCUAGGUGUUCUUGGAGUUGGAGCACAAAGGUGUCAACGAGUGGAUCAUGAGAUGUGCGCAGAGUUACCGUAUAAUUUAACGAGUUUUCCGAACCUUGUCGGAGAGGAAUCAUUCAAAGAUGCUUCUGAAUCAAUUCUCACCUACAAACCACUUCUAUCAGUUGUUUGCUCUGAACAACUCAAAUUCUUCUUAUGUUCCGUCUACUUCCCAAUGUGCAAUGAGAAACUAGCCCACCCAAUUGGUCCAUGUCGCCCACUAUGCCUUUCCGUCCAGGAAAAGUGUCUUCCGGUACUUGAAUCUUUUGGUUUCUCAUGGCCAGAAGUCAUCCGAUGUGACAAAUUUCCAUUGGAGAAUAAUCGAGAGAAAAUGUGUAUGAAGGGACCGAAUGAGCAAGGAGCAAUACAGGAUGAACGGGCGAAAUAUGCUGCUGCCGAGAGGGAAAAUAACGAUGAUGAGGAAGAUAAACGACGGGAGGCCGAUAGACUGAACGGCAAAUGUCCACAAGAUGAGGUGUUCCUUAAUCGAUCAUCGAAAUGUGUACCGUUGUGUUCGAAUCCACAAAAAGUUGGACAGACUGACCGUGAAUCUGCCACACGUCUUCUCCUCUUCCUCUCCUUGAGCUCCGUGAUUCUCACAAUUCUGUCUGUCUUCAUUGUUGGACUAUCGAUCUACUUCAGAAGACUCGAAUUACUUCAUUCACUGCCAGAAACUGCAAUGUUCUUCUCUUGUAUUGCUUUCUGUGUCACUUCGACCAUUUAUAUCAUCAGUGUUUCUUUCAAAGACCAGUUCCAAAUAUCGUGCACUGAUUACACUCAUCACCUUCUAUUUGUUGUCGGAGGAUUAUCCCAUGUCCCUUGUUCUUCCGUGGCUUCUUUGAUCUACUACUCGGCCACGUGUUCGAGAUUAUGGUGGCUUCUGAUCUGCUUCUCUUGGAACAAAGCUACAAGAACAGCGAAUCUUUUGGACGAGUCCCGAACGCGUGUCAUUAUGUUGAUCCUGGGUGUUCCAUUGGCUCCGUUGAUGUUGGCUCUUCUAGCCAAAGCAGUUGCAGCAAACCCUCUGACAGGACUCUGUUUCAUUGGACAAGCAAGUGCUGGAACCGAUUGGAUCUUCAAUUUCUGUCGAGAAUUGAUUCUUUUCUUGAUCAGUUCAAUUGCAUUAUCAUCAGCAUGUUGUCGAUUAUUGGGAUCAGAUGAUCAAGAAGUCAAUGGAUUCGCAGGAGUCAUUGCAGCUAUUUAUCCAAUUGUUGCUCUAUUCUACAUGUUAUUCUUCAUCAAUGAUGCAACUCAACCAAAUCUUGCAUUGGAUCGAAGUUUCAACGCUGUAUCGGCAACUAAAUUCUCAUUCGAUAUGCUCCUCAGUUUCAUUAUGUGUGCAUUCUGUCUCGUCUACUUGCUGUUCAAAAUUGCAAGAUCUUCAUCGAAAGUAAGCAAAGAAGGAUAUCAACCAGCCGUCCCAAAACUUCCCCAACCAGCGAUCCCUGGAAGUGUUCGAUCGAAUACCUAUGCUUCUACAUUCAGAACAAACAAUAUGAUCUGA